UUAACUGUUCGUGUUCGCCAUUUAUGCCACGGUAUCCCGGGAGACGUGCUAGUAGCUAUAGACCUUGUUGGGUCGCGACAAACGGACAUAUGGUUCAUAUGGAGUAGCAUAGCAACCCAUAGUAGCAUAGCAACCCACACAGUGACGUACAUAGGCUGGGCUACAUUAAUCCAAGGGAUUAUCUCCAUGGAUUUGUUUUAGAGUCGAGCUACAUGUUUGCAACUGAUAUACACCUAAUAUUACCAUAUUAUACUGCUUAUUUGGCAAAAAAAAUAAUUAUAUAAUAUAAUUAAUUAAUAUCAACAUGGUCUGUUAGACAUGUAAUGUUUUGCUGCUGUUAUUAUGGCAGCUGUGAAGCACUAUUAGUAACUGAUGUCUUCCUAUUAAACACAUUUCUGAGAGCCACGUGCCAUAGAGUAUGGAAAAACCUAAACUAUAUAAGUCUGUGAUUGAGGAUGUGAUCAACGAGGUGCGAGAGCUGUUCCUGGACGAGGGCGUGGAUGAGCAAGUGCUUCUGGAGCUGAAAACGCUAUGGGAAAACAAACUGUUGCAGUCGAAGGCAGUGGAGGGCUUCCACACCGAGGAGCAGGCAGCCCUGCAGGCCGCUCAGCAGCAGCAGCAGCAGGUCCAGCAGCAGGUCCAGCAGGUCCAACAAGUCCAGCAGGUGACCCAGCCAGCGCAGACCCAGCAAGUCAUCCUGCCCCCUCAGCAGACGCAAGCUCCCCAGCAGCAAGUCAUUGUUCAGGAUUCCAAGAUUCUACAGCACAUGAGUGCAACGGGGAUGAGUGCAGCAGCUACCGCAGCAACCCUCGCUUUGCCCUCAGGGGUCACCCCAUACCAACAGCUCAUCACCAGCCAAGGUCAGAUCCUGCAGGUGGUCCGUGCCCCUAAUGGGGCUCAGUACAUCAUCCAGCAGCCCCAGCAGCAGAUCCUGCUGCAGCAGCAGAUGCAGCCUGGUGGCGUGCAGGCACCGGUCAUACAGCAGGUAUGCCCCAUUAGACAGGUCCUGGCUCCUCUGCAGGGAGGCAUGCCCCAGCAAACAGGAGUCAUCAUCCAGCCGCAGCAGAUUGUCUUGGCUUCAGGAAACAAAGUCCAAGGAAACACGCAGGUGAUGCAGGCAGCAGGUACGGCGCCGCAGCCCGGUCAGGCAGCAACAGCGGCUCUGGUCCGGCAGCUCCAGGCCCAGCAGGCCCAGGGUGCAGCUGCACCACAGGUCGCCCAGGCACAAGCUCAGGCACAAGCCCAGGCACAAGCCCAGGCACAAGCCCAGGCACAAGCCCAGGCACAAGCCCAGCAGCAAGCCCAGGCUCAAUCCCAGCCCCAGGCCCAGCAGCCUCCCAUGAUGCAGCAGGUGGACGGCGCCGGAGACACCUCCUCGGAAGAGGACGAGGAUGAGGAGGAGGAGUAUGAUGAAGAUGACGAGGAGGAGAAGGACAAGGAUGGGGGAGAGGACGGGCAGGUCGAAGAGGAGCCGCUGAACAGUGGUGAUGAUGUCAGUGAUGAGGAGGACCAGGAGCUGUUUGAUACAGAGAAUGUAGUGGUGUGCCAGUAUGACAAGAUUCACAGAAGUAAGAACAAAUGGAAAUUCCACCUGAAGGACGGGAUCAUGAAUCUGAAUGGGAGAGACUAUGUCUUCUCCAAAGCCAUUGGGGAUGCCGAAUGGUGAGGUAGAGAAAAAAACAAAAAAAAACAGACAAAGCAACAGGAGCAGGAACUCUGUAACUCCUUCUAUCCAGUUAGCAGACACUUCAAUAUCCUUCCAUAUCCUGUGACUGGAUUAAUUUCAGGAAACUUCUUCUGAGUCUUUGAGAACUCUGACAAACCCAAAGGACUGUGAGGUACCGUGAAACCAGGGUAUCGUCAAAAACACUCGACUAGCCUUGCGGGAUGAGAAACCUACAGGGGAAGGGAAAGCCUGCGAACAGAGCGUUCUUCAUCCUUUUUUUUUUUUUUUCGCUUCUUCCAGGCUUCUCUACGUUUUUCCUGAGAGAAUUCACAUACAUUGGAAAGUAAGCAUUUCACAUCGUACAGGUGUAGUGGACCAGGGUGACCUGACCACGGGAGGGUCAGAGGUCAUUCAUUAUAACCCCGUAGAUGAGAAACACCUUCGUGAUGCACUGUAGUCGAUUGACUGGAUUGACUCGUGUCUACAUUUAAGUCCAAACUUAGUGCCACCAGUCGAGAUCGCUGCCUUUAGAAUCGCCCAGAAUCAACUUUUGGCUUCUAAUCUUUUGUUCGUGGAUCGCAAUUCUGUCUCAAUUCGUGUUCAUGAAAAUGGUGCUCCAGAGUGUUUUAUGUAGUUAACAACCUGUUAUUGUUUUAAACUUUUUUUUUUUUAAAUGUGUUUGAUGAAGGGUUAAGACGAAGGUAAAAUAAUAUUAAUUCUAAAAUAACUAAUAGUUGUUAAAAGGCAUUAUUUUAAUCUUCUAAUGAGUGCUCAAUCCAAAAAUGCUGUUAUUUUCCUCAUCGGCUUCUCUGGAGCUUCAUUCCAUCUUUAUCCAAAAACUAAAAACAAAAAAAAAGGAAGAACAGAUCCAACACUGAAUUCAUUUAAGAAUUGUACAAAAUGUCUGAAAGUUUGUCCUGUUGGUGUAUCUUCUUUGCUCUUAUUUUAGUUCCCUGCAGCCGUCUGAAAAUUUGCACUGUCAGUUUAUCAAUGUGUUGUGAAAUCAGUCAAAGUUAAUCAAUAGCCACAGCGUGCUCUCUUCUGUCUGUCAGUGUGUGUGUGUGUGUGUGAGUGAGUGAGUGUGUGAGACAGUGACUGACUGUACAGGCAUGUGGUGAGUGUGUUCAAGUGUGUGUGUGUGUGUGUGUUGAUUGAUGUGUGUCGUCACCGCUUUUUCUCUGGAAAUGUAUUAGUUUAUUUUUCUCGAACACACCAUAAUCUCAUAUUAGUUGAAACAGUAAAAUAACGUUUUUAAUUUAAAUUUUUUUUUUUUUUUUCGAUGGGGACAGGGCGAUGUCUUAUUUCUGAUUUUUUUUUUUUUUUAUUCUUUUUUUUUUUAUUUAUUCCUGAAAAU